AGCAGAUGGCGAAACCGCGUGUACAGCACAAUCGAAAUGUACCCAGCUCGUUCUCCGAUGUGACGGACCACAUAUUCCCCAGUUGCAGACAAUAAGCGAGGAAGGGCGGUGGACCGUGCGGUGCUCCAGUUCUCGGACCGUGACAACCACCUUGGCUGUUGCUGUGCCAACCCCAACUUGGUACUGGCGCACCAGGCCAUUUAAAAUUGGAAAGUGGGGGGGGGAUGGGGAGGCGGGGGUGGCGAAGGGGUGGGGCGUAAUAAAUGAGACGCCAACUGGGAUCCUCUUCUACACCUUCUGUCAAGCCCUCCCAGCGAACAUCAUGCCCCGCUUUCCUAUGUCAUCGACUUCGAUGCACGUCCAACUCGGAUGCGAAGGGGCGGGGCGGGGCUCUGUAUUCGCUUCAUCUGACAAGCGGAGAUUCCAAGACUGCAACUCUCGACUGAGCCCUGCGGCUCUUCUUUUGCGGCCGCCUCUGCAAGGAAGCGAUCAACACAGCCAUGACUCAGCCAUGACUCACGCAUGGGCCGAUGAUCUACUCCACGACGACUCGAUGACUGUUUGCAGAUUCCCUCCCACACACUCGAAUACCAACAAAAAGCUGAAGAAUAUCCCCCACAAAGUGCACCCAUCGUUGUCCGAUGGUGAUGAUCAAGAAACGAAUCCCAAGUCUGUUUCUACAAAACCAAGUGUAUAUGUAUUCGAAGAGGAGGGGGUCAUGUCGGUGAGCAAAGCUUGCUAGUUUUCUUGACUCCGAUUACUUCAAAAACUCUUGCAACGACGACACUUUCGAUCUUAUGAGUCUCAACAAAAUCAUACAUUCCGAUGAGGCUUUCAUGAACUUCUCAUAAAUCCAUUAUUUUUGUGUACAGAAGUGGAUGUGUUGAAUGAAGACAGAGUUUUGAUUGUUUCAAUUUCAA